GCAACCCCCCCAACCACAUUAAUUGAACUUUGCAUAAGUACCCCUCCAUCCCUCCCCCCUGCUGUCAAUUCCUCCACAGUUCAAAGUCCCCUGUUCUGAUCUUCUUCUUUCGCAUUUGGGUUUUUCUCGGAACCUCUGUUUUUUAUCAUCUUCAUCUUGAUCCAUGGCGGCCGAAGCAGGGAAGAAGGAAGAACAGCUGUCGAAGGUGAAGGUCACUUCUAAAACCCAUGUCAAACCGUGCAGGAGGGUGGGGAGGAGAGAGUGCCAGCUGAUCACAUUUGAUCUUCCCUAUUUGGCCUUCUACUACAACCAGAAGUUGCUGUUCUACAAGGGGGGCGAUUUCGAGGGCACGGUGGGGAAAUUGAAGGAGGGGCUGGGGGUAGUUUUAGAAGAGUAUUAUCAGCUCGCCGGGAGACUGGGAAAGUACGACGACGGCGUUUUCAAAGUCGAGUACGACGACGAAAUGGACGGCGUGGAGGUGGCGGAAGCGGCAGCGGACGGGGUCGCCGUCGCCGAUCUGACGGACGAAAAUUGCGCUCUCGACUUGAUGGAGAUGGUGCCGUACAACGGAGUCCUGAACUUAGAAGGUCUUCGCCGCCCGCUGUUGGCUGUGCAGUUCACCAAGUUAAGAGACGGGCUGGUGAUAGGGUGCGCGUUCAACCACGCGAUCCUCGAUGGAACCGCCACGUGGCACUUCAUGAGCUCCUGGGCCGAGAUCUGCCGCGGGUCCAAGACUGUGUCGGCCCCGCCGUUCCUCGAGCGCACCAAAGUGCGAAGCACCAGAGUCAAGCUCGAUCUCCCGGUGGGGCCCGCCGAUAACGUGGCCUCAUCCAACGGCGACGCAAAGCCGAGCCCACAAUCCAUCCGGGAGAAGAUCUUCAGAUUCUCCGGGUCCGCGAUCGACGCGAUCAAGUCAAAACUCAACGCGAACCUCCCCGCCGGCGCCAGGCCCUUCUCGACGUUCCAGUCACUGUCGUCGCACGUGUGGCGCGCCGUGACGCGCGCGAGGCAGCUGAGGCCGGAGGACCCGACGGUGUUCACGAUGUUCGUGGACUGCCGGCGGAGGGUGGACCCGCCCAUGCCGGAGAGCUACUUCGGGAACCUGAUUCAGGCGGUGUUCACGGGGACGGCAGCGGGGCUGCUGGCAGCUCAGCCGGCGGAGGCGGCGGCGGGGAUGAUACAAAAGGCGAUAGAGGCGCACGACGCGGCGGCGAUAGAGGGCAGGAACGCGGAGUGGGAGGAGAAGCCGGUGAUUUUCGAGUACAAGGACGCGGGGGUGAACUGCGUGGCUGUGGGGAGCUCGCCGAGGUUUAGGGUUUAUGAGGUGGACUUCGGGUGGGGGUCGCCGGAGAGGGUGAGGAGUGGGUCCAACAACAAGUUCGACGGGAUGGCGUACCUGUACCAGGGGAAGAGUGGGGGGAGGAGCAUUGAUUUGGAGAUUACCUUAGAUGGUGCGGCCAUGGAGAGGUUGGAGAAUGACGUGGAGUUUCUUAUGGUGGAGGCUAAUUAAUUAGCAAGUGUUUGUUGUGUGUGUGUGUGUGGGGGUGUGGUGUGUGGUGUGUGUAUCCCUAGUUUUUGU